AUGUCUUUCCAGCCAACGCAGAUUUUCGAAGAGGGCACCACAGAGGAGAAAGGCGAGAAUGCGCGUCUCGCCGCCUUUGUUGGUGCCAUUGCUGUUGGCGACCUGGUGAAGAGCACCUUGGGUCCCAAGGGAAUGGACAAGAUCUUGCAAUCAGCUUCCACUGGCGAUAUUAUGGUCACCAACGAUGGCGCUACUAUUCUCAAGUCGAUAGCUCUUGACAAUGCCGCUGCCAAGGUGCUAGUAAACAUCUCCAAGGUCCAAGACGACGAAGUCGGUGACGGUACCACCUCGGUGGCUGUUUUGGCCGCUGAGCUACUUCGAGAAGCCGAGAAGCUGGUCGACAAGAAGAUUCACCCCCAGACCAUCAUUGAAGGCUACCGGAUAGCCAGUCAGGCUGCCUUGAAAGCUCUCGAGGAAUCAGCCGUUGACCACAGCAAGAGCCCCGAGGCUUUCCGUAAAGACCUUCUUUCCAUCGCACGAACGACCCUGAGUUCCAAAGUCCUGGCUCAAGAUAGAGAUCACUUCGCCACCCUUGCUUGCGAUGCUGUCCUACGACUGAAGAAGUCGUCCGAUCUCAGCCACAUCCAGAUUAUCAAGAAGGCUGGUGGCAAGCUCAGCGAGUCAUACCUUGACGAGGGCUUCAUUCUGGAUAAGAAGAUUGGUGUUAACCAGCCCAAGCGGUUAGAAAAGGCCAAGAUUUUGGUAGCCAACACAUCUAUGGAUACCGACAAGGUCAAGAUCUUUGGAGCUAGAAUGAAGGUCGGCGCCACCAGCAAGCUUGCCGAGCUAGAGAAGGCUGAGAAAGACAAGAUGAAGGCCAAGGUCGACAAGAUCAAGGCUCACGGUAUCAAUUGCUUCAUCAACCGCCAGCUCAUCUACAACUGGCCGGAGCAACUGUUUACUGACGCCGGCAUCAUGUCCAUUGAGCACGCCGACUUCGAUGGCAUCGAGCGUCUGGCGCUUGUCACUGGUGGUGAGAUUGCGUCGACCUUUGAUCAUCCGGAGCAGGUCAAACUGGGGCAGUGUGACUUGAUUGAGGAGGUCAUCAUUGGCGAGGAUACUCUGAUCAAGUUCUCUGGUGUGUCUGCUGGAGAGGCAUGCACCAUUGUCCUGCGAGGUGCCACUGAGCAGCUGUUGGAUGAGGCCGAGCGCAGUCUGCAUGAUGCUCUGGCCGUCUUGUCACAGACUGUCAUCGAACCUAGAACGACAUUGGGAGGCGGAUGCGCUGAGAUGGUUAUGGCCAAGGCUGUUGAUGGUGCUGCUACUCGCGUUGAAGGCAAGAAGCAAUUAGCUGUUUCCAGCUUCGCCAUCGCAUUGCGACAGCUUCCUACCAUCCUUGCAGACAACGCUGGUCUCGAUUCAGGCGAUCUUGUUUCAAGGUUGCGAAAGCACAUUUACGACGGUCUUUCUACGUAUGGUCUGGACCUUUUGACUCCUGGCGGUGGUGUUGCCGACAUGCGAGACCUUGGCGUUAUUGAGAGCUACAAGUUGAAGCGAGCGGUUGUGUCGUCAGCCAGUGAAGCGGCCGAGCUUCUCCUUCGAGUAGACGACAUUAUUCGAGCUGCGCCUCGACGGCGGGAGCGCAUGUAA